UCGGGAUCUCUUUCCAUCUCUCUCUGAUCGAUCUAGAAAACAUGCGAACAAAGAAUACACAAUCUUGUUACAAAGAUAAAGAUGAGGAUGAGAUGGAAGAUAAAAUCAGUAAGUUAUCAGAUAAACUCAUUCAUCACAUCCUUUCUUUUUGUACCAUGAAAUUUGGGGUUAAAACCAGCAUUUUGUCUAAAAGAUGGAGGUAUAUCUGGACUUCUCUCCAACUCUACAUUUAGAAUCUUAUGAAUUCUGAAACCAUGAGUAUUCCUCAUCGAUAAGCCAGCAGUUUGUAGAGUUUGUAGAUAGUGCAUUGAUUCUCCGCGACCAUAAAUCUGAUAUAGACAAGUUUCAUCUUUGCUGGUACCCUGAUGACUUUAUAACAGAUAAUACAUUAUUAGUCAAUCAUCUUAAUGCAUGGAUUAGUGUUGCUCUAAAUUGCAAUGUUGUUGAACUAUCUGUUGAAUUCAUUGGUCUAUUUAAUUAUCGGGAGUCGGAGGAUAUUGUUAGACAUCACUUUCCUUGUAAUCUAUUAUUCAAUUUCUCAACGAUGACAAUGUUAGAGUUGAAGGUUAAUAUAGAAAUCCUUAAGGAAACUGAAUAUGAGAUGAAUAUAGAAAUCCGUAAGGAAACUGAAGAUGAGGUGGUUUUUCGUAAGGACAAUUACUCAAAGAUUACAUUUCCUAAAUCAAUUGAUUUACCUUGUCUUAGAGUUUUGAAAUUGGAAUCACUUGAUAUAGACAAUGGGAAUAAUCUCUUCUUACGUAGCAACUUUCCGCCACUUCUUGAGUAUUUGAGCAUAAAAAGUUGUCAAAUAUCAAUGGAUAACUGCAGCGAUAUGGAUUGGUUUGAAAUAAAGUCUCUGACGUUGAAGUACUUAGAACUGAAGAAUUGUAUUAUGCCCAAGAAAAUCAAGUUAAAUGUUCCGAAUCUCCAAACUUUCGUUUGCGAAGAUUUUACGUGGCGUGAAUAUUCUAUGGAGAACAUUUCUUCUCUAGUCUGUGCUCAUAUAGAAAUGCAAGGUUUCAGUAGUCAAGGAGACAGGAAACACUAUCUGAUGCUUCCCGAGCUUGAGAAAGAACUGUAUGCCACAAGGAUGAUUGGUUUUCUAAAAGUAUUUGAUGUUGUUGAACUUCAGUUAUUACCUUGGAUCCUCGAGAUUAUUUCAGGAAUCCCCGAAUUUCAAUUUGGUAGAGUAUGACUUCUGAAGCUGGUAACUUAUUAUGUCAGAACCUGUUUUCAAGCAAUACCAUACUUAAUGAAGAUCUUAUGGAACAUAGAAUCUCUUUCGCUGGAAAUAUUGGAU